AUCGCUGUUUCCUCCAACGUCGAGUUUUUUAAAUACUUAGUUGCACAUACUCUUGGCAAUAAGGAGAAAAUAUGCGUUCCAAACUAUAAAUACCUACUGUUUAUUGUGUAUACAACUAUUUGUCAUCAAGAAAUUUUCCACAUGUCAGGGAUAAAAUUUAUCAGUGCUAGGUACACACAAUUUAUGUUUAUUGACAGAAAGAACAUUAACCACCAUCUUGUUACAUUUCUAACAUUCUAGAAACGUCAUUACAAAGGUGCAAUUACCAAUAUAACGAGUUCUAAAAAUUCGGAAAAUUUGUACUUUUACUCAAAAUCCGUCCUUGGCUUUCCCUCUUCCAUUAUCGAUCUAGAAGUCGUUUAACCAGCUGCUGGAGUGAUGUUUGUUUAAUUCUUAGUCAUUUAAACCAACACAAAGAAGUCGUUACCAUUAAAUCUUAACAAUUUUUUGUAUAAUAGCCAAAUCUAACACUCUAGUGACAUAACAAACUAUCGAAAAACUCCAAAAAAUUAUCACUAAAUUGCGUACAAGUUGUUAUCGUACAAUACCAUUGGCUACACACACAUAAAACCUUGUGUGAGAAGCACUGAUAAGAGUUGUCGCUAUCGUAAAAAUAAAAUACAAUGGUUAAAGAUAGACUCAACGAACUCAAACACUUCAAAGAUAACAAUGGAAAAAACAAAACCCCCCCAGUCGAAAUAGAGCUAAACAACACCCACGAUAACACAGAAAGCGGCACCCAAAAACUACGUCACACGUUCCAAAGGGCCGACGCCAUCGCCCAAUGGAUCGUCCAAAUCGAGAACAACAACCAAGACAUCCGAAUACACCUACGCAAAAUCGAGGACAUGAAAUCCAACCAAAAAGCCGUCGAAGAAAAACUGCGGUCGCUUUUCCAAAACAACACAACCAUCGCACAACAAAUAUCGCCGAAACUGAAAGAAGUGGAAACAGAGCUGCAACAAAUCGGCACCGAGUCCACAGAAAAGAGAAUCAAAACCAUCCAGUACACCACGUCGAAGAAGCGCUUCGAGAAAGCUUUCAUUGAAAAUAAUCAACUUCUGGAGAACUAUAAGUCUAUUCAGAAGCAGGUGAUUAAGUCGCAGCUGGUGGCCAAGGGGUACUUUCAAGUGACGGAUGAAGAGGUGACGUCGCUUCUGGAGGACGGGACGGACAUUCAGAUUUUCACGGAAAAUAUUUUAGCGGAAACCGCGGAAGCUAAGAGGGUGUUAGCGGACGUGGAGGAGCGUCACCAGCAGCUGCUACAUAUCGAGCGAAUGCUGGUGGAAGUGAGGGACCUCUUCGUGCAGAUGUCCAUUUUAAUCGACAGUCAGCAAGAACUAGUCGACAGGAUAGAGUUUCAGGCGCAGAGUGCGACGGAGUACGUGGGGGCUGGUGCGGUGGAUUUGAACUCGGCGCGCGAUAAGAAAAAGAAGUCUUUCCGAACUAAAAUUUACAUUCUUGUUGCUCUUGUCGUAAUAAUUCUGAUUAUACUGAUCAUACUGCUAAAGUAACUACGUCAGCUUUCUCACACACUUCCACUGGUUGUCGUUAGUUCGAGUGAAGACAAGUCUGUCGCCGAUGUUGUGCUGGGACAUAUAAUAAAAAUCUAAAGUAUG